AAAAUCUAGUACUCUUUGAAACCAAAGAUCUCUAAAUGCAAGGAAAAUAAGGGUAAGUUUCACAAUUUUGAUGAAUAAAUUGCUUUGAUUUUUUUUGUCAAGUUGAAUUCUACAUACGUACCAAAAGAGAAUAAUUUAAGUCGUGUUGAAAAUCGUGGAGAGGGACUUGAAAUAUGUUUAUUCAUUCUUGGGUUGAACUUUUGGUCUCUUGUCACAUAUCAUUCAAAUAAAAUAUUUGAGACGUCAAUAAGAAAAAGAAAAAUAAACGAUAACAAGUUAGAAACUUAAAAUGACUUUAAAGCGGCCGUUAGGUGUUUAAAACGUAAACGGAAUACAUAAUCGAAUUCAAACAUAAGUAAAUAUUUCAGCAGUGCUUUUGUCUUAUUUGGUGAACACAAGCCAGCAUAUAUGAUAUCGUCCAUUUGUAACAAAUAGGAACCAAAUAGUAACUAAGAACAUCAUUAUCCCGGUUUCUUAGAUGAGUUUUUAAAGAAAAUAAAACAAUUAGUUAAAUGGAAGCAAAAUUAAAAGCGUAUAACCGAUCCUUAGUUAAUGGUUUUUGUAACCGAUCAUAGAAGAGUUUCUUAUAACACGUGUGAGCAACAUGUGUUUUUCUUUUUUUUUCCUUUUUUUUUUUCUUUUCUUCCUCUCCUCUUCUCUCAGCUUCUCUCGUGUUCUCCGUCGAAGGAAACCGGAGCAUCCGUUCAAUCGGCGUUUUCUCUCGUCUUCUCCUCUCCUUCGCGAAGCGUCUCCUUCCUUCAAUCGCCGUCAUGUCCGUCUUUCUCUUCUCUGGUCUUCUCCGUCGGUAAAGGAAGCGUCUCCUCUCUUCAAUCGCCGCUCGCCCAAUCGCUGCGACCCCAUCUCCUCUCUCUUCUGACCGUGGGAGCAUUGAGAGAUUCAUCACAGAGUGAAGCUGUGGGAGCAUCUCGUGCUUGUUGUUUCACUGAGUGGAGCAGUGGUAACAUGACACAAGACGAGGCAGAUGUGAGCACACGAGUCACGGAGUUGGGAGUGGAAGAAUCACGGACUUGGGAGUAGAAGGAUCACAUAAUCAUCUACUCUCCUCCACAAGUAAUCAAAAACAAGUAAAUUUUUUUUUUUAAGAAACCAAAAUUAAAAAACUGCCAUUGUAUCUGAAAAAUUAGGUGAUUCUUAACUAAUGUUCUUAGCUAAAAUUUAUUAGUUAAAUAAUCUUUAAAGUGUACUUAAGAAACCUCUUAUAGGUUUCUACGGAUAAUGAUGCACUAAUCUUCGCGAAUGGAAUGAACGUGUUCCUUUUCUUCCGUACCUCUUUCGAAUUGGUCUACUUUUGGAUUUCUUUAAUCCAUAUUAACUAUUUAGUC